AUGCCGCCUCUGCAGGGCUUCCUAGAUGACAGUCCGGGUAUCGGAGGACGGAUCAUCAAGCCAAGUAAUGAAUUGAAGCUGCGCUGCACAGAAUUCGAUGAACACGGCAAUGUCACAUUGGUCAACGGCGAAUUCCGAAAGAGCGAGCUCAUUGCGAAGUACUCCCUCCUACCUCGCGAUUUGCGAAAAAUCGACAACAGUGUGCUUCCGCACAUCCUCAUUCGACCUUCGGCGAUUCUCAUCAAUCUCCUGCACUUGCGGUGCCUGAUCAAACACAACCGUGUCCUCGUUUUUGACGUCUACGGAUCCACCGAUUCAUAUUCGCAAAGUUUGUUCAUGUACGAUCUUGAAGGGAAACUCCGUCAGAAGCAGAGUUCCACUACGGUCGGAAACCUUGCUUAUGAAUUCCGUGCGCUGGAAGCCGUUCUCAUUAGCGUUACUACCGGGCUUGAGAGCGAGUUUGAAGGUGUUCGCGAGCCGGUCAUGCGCGUGUUACGGGAGCUGGAGGAGGACAUUGAUAGAGACAAACUCCGAUACCUCCUCAUUUACUCGAAGAAGCUAGGUACAUUCGAGCAAAAAGCGCGUCUGGUUCGGGACGCCAUCGACGAUCUCCUCGAAGCCGACGACGACCUUGCCGCCAUGUAUCUUACCGAGAAAGCCGAAGGCAUCGAACGCGAAGACGACAACCACGAAGAAAUCGAACUGCUCCUAGAAUCCUACCACAAAGUCGCCGAUGAAAUCGUCCAGAUUUCCUCCAACUUGGUUUCGGCCAUUCGUAACACGGAGGAAAUCGUCCGCGCCAUCCUCGAUGCCAACCGCAACAGUCUCAUGCUUCUCGACCUCAAAUUCAGCAUAGGCACGCUCGGCAUAAGCGCUGGUAUGUUCAUCGCUGCAUUGUACGGCAUGAAUUUGGAAAACUUCAUUGAGGAGUCACCAUGGGGCUUCUUCGGCGUCUCGGGCACUUGCACUGUGCUCUCCGUCAUUGCCUGUGUCUACGGCUUCCGCAAACUGCGUGCUGUUCAGCGUCUAUCUAUGUGGGGCGAAGGCGGACUGCGCAGGCGCGCCCAGGCAGCUUCACGGAGGAGUUGGCACGAGAUAGGAACGCAACCCCAGUCCUCCUCGUCCUCGACGGGUUCCUCAGCAUCGUCGUCUUCAAUUUAUGGCUCGUCCUCCGCGGCCUCUGGCGAGUCCUCAUCUACGGAGGUUGGAGAUAAGCACUUCGCCGAGACGGUGACGGGCGUCAAACGUGGCGAGAUCCGCGCCGAUACGAUGAAAUUGUGGAAGAAUGUCCAGCGGGACCGCUUGCAGCAGGCACUGGAGCGCGAGGGUGGUGGUUCAGAGCAGGCUGGUACUGGUCAAGCCACUUCGUCUUCGUCGUCAACGACAAACAAAGGAGCUCCGUACUCGGGGCCCCAUGAUGAUCCUAUGAAAGGAUGA